AUGUCUCGACCCUCAUGUCCUGUACGAGCAUUGAUUGGAGGUCGCGGCCGGCGCGCGCACCACGGACGCGUCGGACGGCAGACUCACGACCCGGAGGCCCCUGUGCUCGCCGACUGGGAGCCGGGCACUUCCAAACGCUCGCGACACCGUAGCUGUACCCCACAGGAGGAGCCUCUCGACGACCACGAACCCGGAUUGCAGGGCUCAGGUGGUGGCACCAAAGAUUGGAACUGUGCCGGAGAGCGGGCGCCCUCACCCGCCUUGAGCUCGGCCACCCGGGACGACGAUAUGCCGGUGUCUCCAGGUGGUGCGAAUACCCUGGACGAAGACCUCGAACUAGACGAUCUCCAAUACCCUCGUGCCUACGGCUCCCGUGGCCGCUCAGUCCCGAGAGCCCAGAGCCCCGUGCGCUCGUUCUCGCAGUCUCCGAACCUGAGUGACGUCGAGAUCAAAGCAGACUCGGAUUUCGUCGAUGCGGAUGGAGUCGUGCAUUGCGCCCUCAAUCCCGUCGAUAGUGCCGACGAUCUGGAACCUGCGCUGCCCGCUCCGGCCGACCACCCUCUUGUCCGCUCUGCACAGGGGAAGCAGAAAGAACUGAAUAGUUGGCGUGGUAUAGACGAUGCACCUGGUCCGAUUGUUCCCCUUGCCGAGCCGCCGUCAGAUGACUACGAUGCCCACCUUGACGGUUCGGAUCGCAUACGUGGCAUCACAGAUGCUUGGGGGGUUCACUCGAUUUCGGCCAGUUCGGAAACGCGGGCUUGA